AUGGCGAAAUUCGAGGAAACCGUCACCUUCUACAGAUCUCAACAGACAUCCCCUGUUCAUUGCGCAAUCGUCUUCAUCCAUGGCGGCGCUUGGAUCGAUAAGAACAAUACACCUCACGACUUUGACGAAUUCUCGCGGUGUCUGCUCGAUUUAGCUAAUGGGAACCCUUCUUUCUCUAUUUAUGCCAUUGAGUACCGUCUUUCUCCAGCAGUUAAACAUCCGGCUCACAUUUACGAUGUCAUUGAAAAUCUGGUGAAGCUAGUCGAACAAGAGGGGAUCGAGGAGCUCAAUCUAAUGGGACACUCAGUGGGCGCUACAUUGGUUUGGCAGGUGCUAAGUGGGAUCCCUGGUCUUGCUAACGCAGAAUCCUUCGCAUCUUCUGCAGAGCUGAAGCUCCUUAGGAAAUUGUUAAAAAAGUGCUAUCUAGUUGACGGCAUCUAUUCGCUUUCAAAGUUGCUAGAGGAGUAUCCUAGUUACGAUUACUUUGUUUCACAGGCUUUUGAACAAAUUGAAGACUACGAUGACCCCGAACAGUCUCAAGUGAUCAUCCCAUUAAAUGCUGAUAUUUAUGUAAUCCACUCGUAUCGUGACGAGCUGCUUUCUCCCCUGCAGAGCAACUACCUCUGCGCUACCUUACAGAAACUCAAACAACCAUUCCAAAGCUACUGGAGUGACUUCGGUGAACAUAAUGAGGUGUACUCUAACGCAAAGGUAGCGCAAUAUAUUCUACACACGAUGCAGAUGCAUUGA